AUGUCUUCUUCCCAAAUAAAGGCUACUUUUGCCAUUCAAAACGGUCCUUCCUUCGAAGCCAUCUCCUUCGGCGCAAACAAGUCUGUCGCUGGUGAAGCCGUUUUCACCACUUCCCUGGUCGGUUAUCCGGAGUCCAUGACGGAUCCUUCCUACCGUGGUCAGAUACUAGUCUUCACUCAGCCCUUAAUUGGCAACUACGGUGUCCCAUCCGGCGAUGCCCGUGACGAGUUCAAUCUACUGAAAUAUUUCGAGUCCCCACACAUCCAUGUCGUCGGCAUCGUGGUCGCCGAGUACGCUUAUCAAUACUCGCACUGGACUGCUGUCGAGUCGCUCGCACAGUGGUGCCAAAGAGAGGGUGUCGCCGCCGUCACCGGUGUGGACACUCGUGAGCUCGUGCAAUACUUGAGAGAGCAAGGCUCUUCUCUGGGCCGCAUCACUUUGGAUAACCAAGACGCGGUUCCUUACGUCGAUCCCAUGAACACCAACUUGGUUGCUGAAGUUACCACCAAGAAGCCGUUCCAUGUCUCUGCAUUGCCUGACAAGGCCAGAGCAAAUGUCGCUCUUAUUGAUUGCGGUGUCAAGGAAAACAUCAUCAGGUGUCUGGCAAAGAGGGGCGCCGACGUGACCGUUUUCCCCUACGACUACAGAAUCCAGGAUGUUGCGUCCGAGUUCGACGGUAUUUUCUUGUCCAAUGGCCCAGGCAAUCCAGAAUUCUGCCAAGCCACCAUUGCGAACGUCAAAGAGCUACUAAACAACCCUGUUUACGACCGUAUCCCCAUCUUUGGUAUUUGCCUUGGCCACCAGCUCUUGGCCCUUGCCUCGGGCGCUUCCACCCACAAGUUGAAAUACGGUAAUAGAGCUCAUAAUAUCCCUGCCAUGGACUUAACUACGGGCCAAUGCCACAUCACUUCGCAAAACCACGGUUAUGCAGUGGAUCCUGAGACUCUACCCAAGGACCAAUGGAAACCUUACUUCGUUAACCUAAACGAUAAGUCAAACGAAGGUAUGAUCCAUUUGCAAAGGCCUAUUUUCUCUACCCAGUUUCACCCGGAAGCAAAGGGAGGUCCCAUGGACACCGCCAUUUUGUUCGACAAGUUCUUCGACAAUAUCGAAGCUUAUCAAUCCGAUUCUCAAAAAAAAAACUCAAUUUCACAAAAAACAGCUCAUAAGGGUGAUAGAUCUCAAUUGCGAAAUUUUAACGUUACAAAAUUAGCUAAGGAAAGAGUAUUGUUCUAA